UUCAAUAGGUUCUCAGCGAUGGAGGUGAUCGGACUCCUUCUAUUGAUAUUCUUUUUUCAAGAAGGAAGAAGUAACGGUGAAGAUGAAACCUACUGCACGGAGCAGCGCGGCACCGUCAUCGUAGAAGAGAAGGGCUCUGUGACUAUUCCAUGUAACUUCACAUAUCCAAACUCGAAGGGCAAACCUGUAGAUGUGAGAAUGUCCUGGACACAAAGUAAGUCGGAACGUUGUGGAGGUGCAGAAACCAUAUAUAAUCACACAACAGGCUGGACGCAUGAGAAUUAUAGAGGAAGAAUCUCACUGGGGGGAAAUCCCAACGGAGAAAAAACAGCGACAAUUACCAUUAAUGAUCUGAGGAGGACGGAUGGCCCCACGAUCUGCUGUAGAAUGGAAAUAUACGUGAACGAUACCUAUAAAGAUGUAUUCCAGAACCGUCAUGGAACUAACAUAAAGUUUACAGAUGAGUUCUCAGUAGAACAGACGGAUGUGGUUCCUGCUAUGAUCGGAGAAGAUAUCACUAUACCCUGCUUCGUUCACUAUAGGGAUCCCUCUGUGAUAGAUCUUGUCUCCUGGCAUAUUGGAAGCAGCGAUGUGUGUGCUGAGAAUAAUGAGAACAGUAUUAUAUGGAAUCAGCCGAUCACAGUAGAUCCUGGAGAACGAUGGUCGGUGGUGGCUUUUCCUCAGGAUUUGUCAUUAAGAAUAAAGGGAGUGACAUCAGAGGACAUCAAGCAAUACUGCUGCAGAGUAAGAACAAAACUAAGGAAUAACAUUGCAUCAUCCACACAUGGCACCGAGGUCGUACUUGUGGAUAAUUCCAUGAAUCCAGAGUUUGAAGUUCUGCAACCGGAGACAACUUCAUCUGACGUGGACGGUUCUGCUACCAUCAGCUGCUCAUACAAAUACCGAUCAGAUACUAACCUUCUGUGGACUGGGGUCUUCUGGAGAGUGGGCAGCCCAAAGGGUGCUUAUGCCUAUCACCCCUUCCCAUCCAUGGUUCACUCAACCUACAGAGGAAGGACAGAGCUGAGAGGACUGGCCGAUCUCCAUAUAAAGGGGGUUAUAGAUACUGAUGAUACAACUUCUUAUUACUGCUUUGUGAUGCUCAAGUUCUGUGUCGGAAAUAAAAAAUCCAGCUCCAUCAUACAUUAUGGAAAUGGGACCAAACUAGACAUAACACGUUUUUCAGAAUCUCAAAUUCAAAAUGAAAACGUUCUAGAAGCUAUCAUUUAUGUGGGAGUCAAGAACCUUAUCAUGUUUAUAAUUGUGAUUCUGUCUCUUUUAUAUGUAAAGAAAAGAAGCCUUCCAUCCGAUGUGGAGUAUGAUAUUGAACUUUAAACAUAAUUCUGAUUCAACACCUCUUCUUCUCACUGAUCCUAUGUCAAGCUUUAGAACCAUAUUUUGGGCAGAGAUGUGCAUAAAAAAUUGUUUAUACCCACUGAAUUGAACCACACAUGUAAUAUAGAAAAAUAUCUUUAUUACACAUAAUCAUAUCAACACAAUAUUUCACAAAAAAUACAAUAUAAAAUCCGCAGGUGAGAACUGUAGAGCAAAAAUCUCCCCUCCACACGGACACUAUAAACCUAUAUUACAUAUACAGGUCAUAUAUGGACACCAACAGGUACUGCAUAAUACAGUGCUAAUGCUAUAGGGUAUGGUGCCGUCAUCUAUGGCUGGUCAGUAAUAGAAAUCCAAUACUCAUCUCACACAUAGCCAGGGCACACACUGGUUCCCCCAUCAGAUAGGGUCCAACCUACGUGACUCCAAUUGGAGUGUGGUUCAAUUCAGAGGGUAUAAUCAGUUGGCAUGGUUCCACACAUGAUAUACAUGGUUUGGUUUAUGGUUGUUGUUAUUUGGUGUUCGCAUAUAAAUUGUUCUAGUUCUUUACAGAGGUGUCCUAUUAUGGCAAUCACAGUCCACAUACAGUGUAGGACCCUAUUAGUGUUUACAUAUAGUUUAGUGACGAGCGAAAUAUUCAAAAAUUUGAAUUUUACAAAAAAAAUUGCUUCAUGAUGAAUUAUUUAAUCACAAAGCGCAUUUGAUGUAAGUAGUGGGUGCUCCCCAUCAUUGUACCCCUUAGAUGCCGCGUUCAUAGCUUUUCGCGGCAUCUGACAGCAAUAAUAAAAGAAAGUGUAAAAAUCCUACUUACCAUUUGAUCAUGAAGAGCCAAACGUCACCAUCUUGAUUGAAGAUCUCAAACAAAAUCUCAGUUGGCCCGUGAUGAUGUCAUCACAUGGACUGGCGUGGUGACAUUAUACGUCACCUCACAUGGGAUUUCAUGGGAGAACUUCAAUCAAGAUGGCGAUGACUGGCUCUUAAAUGGCUCAGGUAAGUAUUCUUUUGCUUUUUACCCUCAUUCAGGAUAAAUAGUUUUGCUACCAUGAAUCACAAGUAAAUUCGGCUUUGCAGCUAAAUCUAAUUUUCCCUGAAAUUUUGAUCUAAUUCCACUUUGUGAAGUUCCAUUCUUUCAAGACUAAUAUAGUAUUAGUCACAGCAGAUUAACUGAUCACUAAGAGAUUCCGAAAUCAGACCUAUGGUGAUAGCCAGCAGGUCCUCAUUUAACCCAUACCUGCAAAGGACAUAUCUCAUCUCAUAUUUCUUGGCUGCAUGGCAUUUCAGUAGCCAAGGAAAUAUCUCGUACAUCCUUGCUGUCGAUGGGCUGUAUCUCAGGCAGCAAGAGGGUAGGUCAUGGCUUUAAAGCUAACAAUCUAAGCUCUAAAACAAGACUAGGUUUGCAGCGAUAGCCAGGAUAUAGCCUGAGAUACAGCUUUUAGAAUUGUGGGGAUUGAGUACCAAAUAUAUCUGCAGCUCUCACUGUAGACUCAGUUUCUGGGUUGUAUCUCUGACUGAAUAAGAUAAUGAGCUGCUCUCAUAUCUAUAGCUGUUAUACGGCCUGAGAUAUACUAGGUUUAAGCAGCCCAACAAGACCUAAGCCCGCUAUGAUCUCAGCCAGGGUGGAGGACGAGAGGGAAGCCAGUGGGGAACGUGCUGAUAGGCUGCAGGGACAGAAGGAGAGGCAGAGAUCCUCCUCAGAGGCAUAGAUCCCCCUCUCCACGUACAUGACCCCAAAUGGAGGAUUACAUUAAAUUCUGUCUAUCAUAUUAAUCCUCCCCACCAUUAAUAUUUCUGACAGACUAAAAAGAUUAUCAUCAUCCAGAAAAUGCACUUUAACUCACUGAUUGUUGUCAAAUGAUCUCAUUCAAUAUAUACAGUAUAGACACUUAUUAUGGAUUCAAUACUCGGACCUCCUGCGAUUCAUGAGAAGUAAUGUCAUGGACACCCAAGGUUCAUUGAUGCAUGUGCCGUAUGAAGGCUAGCCCAUCUGGUCUGAUCCCACAGAACAGCUACUCAAGCCAUGAAAAGACAACCAGUCCAAUUGAAUAUUUUCUAGAUUUCACUCUAGACUUUGAAGUCACCUUGACUACAAUGUCUAUGAGGUGCUCACUAGAUACUUUAACCGUUAGGCUGUAUGUCCAUUAGGGACUAUGACCAACAAAUUGUGUUUUAAUAGAAACUGUAACCGCCAAGCCCAAUGCCACUGUUUGUAACCAUUACGCUUUGUGCUGCACCUGGAGUAAAGGUCUGUUUCUUUGCUACGUCUAAUACUUUGACGUUUAAAGCUCUGAAUAGAUGCUGUAUUAAACUAAAGAAAAUAAUGA